AUGCCAUUGCAUCAGGAAACCCGCAGGGAAUCUCUACGUACAUUGUACCCUCAAAUCACAAUGAAAAAUAGAAAACAGAACCCUCAAUUGCCAUUAGUGAAAAAGCAGGAUAUUUUAAACUCAAUGACUUUAGUGAAUAGAUGCCAUUAUGAAAAUCAUGAAAUACCAUCUAUAAUAACAAAAUGUGUUACCGAGGUUGAACGUAGAAUACGUGCUGAGGGUUUAUAUAAAAAGUCGGGAUCCAAAUUACUGGUUGAAAAAACUCUAAACCAAUUAGCUACUGAGGAAGAUACUAAUAUCAAUUUAGAUGAUAUGGCAAUUCAUGUUGUCACAGGAGUUAUAAAAAGAUAUCUAAUAACUUUACCUAAUCCAGUCUUUUGUUUUGACAUCUAUGAUGAAACAAUAGGGUAUAUUCGUACUAAAAAUUUAUUUGAAAGGUUACCUAUAUCCGAAAUUAAAAUACCUGAAGUUAAAACUGGAACCGGUAUCUCCUCGCAAACUUUAACAAUAAAUGAAAUACGCGGAAUAUUAAUGAAAUUACCUCAAAAGCAUUUAAAACUAUCGGGGUUUCUUAGCGAGCAUUUAGAUAAAAUUGCAUCUUUACAAAAUAAGAACCGUAUGACAUUACACAACCUGGCCAUAGUAUUUUCACCAUGUCUAAUUUACGAUAUCAAUGAAGAAAACUGUAUUUCAGAUAUGAAUGAAAGGAAUUAUGUAGUUGAAUUUGUAUUAAAAAGUUACGUACAAUUGUUUUCAUAA